UGUGUGUGUGUGUGUUUUGAUCACUGUUAGCUGCUCUGACAGAAGAAAACCUCAGAGCUCUCUCAGUAGUACAUUGACGCGCUUCCUCUAUAGAGUUUUGACCUCCAGAAGACUUAGUGUGACACAUUUUUGUGUAGUGAUGGCGGGUGUAACACGGUGCGUGUUGAAGCGGUUUCUCAUGAGCAGCGGGAAACGGAUCUUCCCGCAAUCCACAGCAGCCCUGCGGGCUCAGCUACAGACGCACGCGCGGACCAGCAGCAGCGCCUCAGACAUUCCUGGUGUAAAAGAGCGCACUUUGGUUGCCAUCAAGCCGGAUGGGGUUCAGAGGCGUCUGAUUGGUCAGAUCAUUAAACGCUUUGAGCAGCGAGGGUUCCGCUUGGUAGGUCUGAAGAUGGUGCAGGUAUCUGAAGAAUUACUGGCCCAGCAUUAUGUGUCUCUUCGUAAGAAACCAUUCUACCCCAGUGUACUGCAGUAUAUGACCUCAGGGCCUGUGGUGGCAAUGGUGUGGGAGGGCCACAAUGUAAUAAAGUCAACACGUAUGCUAGUGGGAGACACAAACCCAGCUGAAGCUGCACCUGGAACUCUGAGAGGAGACUUUAGUGUUCAUGUUAGCAGGAACGUUGUGCAUGCCUCUGACUCACCUGAAGUAGCACAAAAAGAGAUCUCGCUUUGGUUUCAACGCUCCGAGUUGAUUGACUGGGUGUGUUGUGACCAUGGCAACAUCUACCAUCCAUGAGUGUGUGCUUGUGAAUGUUAGUUAUACCUCUUAAUACUUUUAGAGAAAAUUAUUUUAAAAAGAUUUUAACUCUGCAAUGUAUAUUUUAAUCAUGUUCCAGAAAUUUUCGUCAUAUAUUUCCUGAAUAGUUUGCCAAAUAAAUAAAAUCUAUUUCAAAUUCACAGUAUUAUAAAAGAAUGUUCAAAGUUUGAAGCCAAAGCAUCCGAUGUUUCUUAAUGAAUCUGUAAAUUUUGCACAGGAACAACACUGUACAAGUGAUCUAACAAAACAACUGCACAUUACUGUAAUACCAGCUAUAAAUGAUUAUGCCUUUGUAAUAAAUAUUUUAAUACUCUA